ACGUGACUGCUUCGACACGGGUUAGAAGCCAAACGUGGAGGAGAGGAUGUGGGUAUGCUGACAUCUGCAAGCCAGAGGUUUGAUUGGAGACGACCGCAGUCAGGGUGACAAACAACGGCCUUAGCAACUUGAAAGAAACUUCGAGACAUGUAACUUGUUUUGAAGAGGCCUGUGUCCUGUAGAGCACCCCGAAGCUCAGCCAGUCACGGUGCCUUCCUGGGCUUUCCGUCAUGAGGGGGCGUUACUCUCGAAAACUUGGUGUGCUGGCCAAGGCUGGUUUGCUGCUCUGGGUGCUGUGGCUGGGCUACCUUCUGUUAGCGCGCACCUCUAUCCCCUUUUCUGCCUCUGUAGAGGACCAAGACGAGGGCCACGAUGUUAUGGCGAGACAGCUAUCCUUAGAGGAGGACGGCGCUGUUGGGCAGCUGGCUAGGCCCCUCUACAUUAAGCCAUCACCAGACAGCAAUGCGCCGGGGGAGUGGGGUCGGGUCACACACCUCAACCUCAGCCCUGAGGAAAAGAAACAGGAGCAGGACAGUGUGGAGCGCUAUGCUAUCAACAUCUAUGUCAGUGAUAAGAUUUCCCUCCAUCGGCACAUCCAGGACCACAGGAUGAAUGAAUGCCGAAGUAAGAAGUUUGACUACCGGCGAUUACCCACAACCUCUGUGAUCAUAGCCUUCUACAACGAGGCCUGGUCCACCCUGCUGAGGACUAUUCACAGUGUCCUGGAGACCACGCCUGCCAUCCUGUUGAAAGAUAUCAUCCUCAUUGAUGACUACAGUGACCGAGGCUACCUGAAAUCCCAACUGGCUGAAUACAUCAGUAAAGUGGAGCGUGUGCGGCUCAUCCGCACCAACAAAAGGGAGGGUCUGGUCCGGGCGCGUCUCAUUGGUGCCACUUAUGCUACGGGUGAAGUACUGACAUUCCUUGAUUGCCACUGUGAGUGUGUCCCUGGCUGGAUUGAGCCUCUGCUUGAAAGGAUUGGUCAAAAUGCCAGUACCAUUGUGUGCCCUGUGAUCGACACCAUUGACUGGAACACCUUUGAGUUUUACAUGCAAACGGAUGAGCCGAUGAUCGGAGGUUUCGACUGGAGACUCACCUUUCAGUGGCACUCGGUCCCCGAAGUGGAACGCAAGAGGCGCAAGUCUCGGAUUGACCCCAUCAGGUCUCCAACAAUGGCAGGUGGAUUGUUUGCUGUGAGCAGGGCCUACUUUGAGCAUCUGGGCACAUAUGAUAUGGGCAUGGAGGUGUGGGGAGGAGAAAACCUGGAGCUCUCCUUCAGGGUGUGGCAGUGCGGGGGCAGCCUGGAGAUUCACCCCUGCUCUCAUGUAGGCCAUGUGUUCCCUAAGAAGGCCCCUUAUGCACGGCCCAACUUCCUCCAGAAUACCGUACGAGCUGCAGAGGUUUGGAUGGACUCUUAUAAACAACACUUCUACAACAGGAAUCCCCCGGCCAAAAAGGAGACCUAUGGGGAUAUCUCAGAGCGGCUGCUGCUGAGGGAGAGGCUGAAAUGCAACAGCUUUGACUGGUAUUUGAAGAAUAUCUACCCUGAACUACAUAUACCUGAGGACAGGGGGGGCUGGCAUGGGGCUGUGCGCAGCUCAGGGAUACACUCAGAAUGUCUGGACUACAACUCCCCAGAGCACAAUCCCACAGGUGCCCACAUUUCUCUGUUUGGCUGCCACGGCCAGGGAGGCAACCAGUACUUUGAAUACACAUCUCAAAAAGAGAUCCGUUUCAACUCGGUGACAGAGCUGUGUGCUGAGGUACUCGAGGGACAGACUUCAAUCAGUAUGAGACAUUGCGUUGGUGACAAGGAGCCCAAACCUCCCAGUGUCACCUGGGACUUCAGAAAGGACGGGACCAUCGUCCACCUUCAAUCAGACAUGUGUUUGACCGCCUACCACACACCAGAGGGCCGCUCAGACGCCCAGAUGACGCGAUGUACCCCCGGGGACAACAAUCAGCAGUGGAAGUUUGAGUGGUACGAAGGAUAGAAAGUAGCAGAGAACCUCAAGUGACCUUCUUUACCAUAGUGCAAUUACUACAGUGGAUGUCUUCUCGCCAUGACUGCUCUCCAUUUGAAUGGCAAUGGCGAGCAAAUGAAAGGUGGUGAAACAGUCACUUGGCGCCAAUGAAUCACCUAAUUCAGAGCUUUUGUACCCAUGUGAAUGACUGAAUGACGGAAUGCACAGCGCGGCAGAGUGAAUGAGAAUGGCAAGCCGAGGUUUAUUUGGACUUUUUAAGGAGACCGGCUGAACUCGAGACUUUUAGACUUUUACUUUUGUGUUGCUUUCAUCCAAGUGCCUCUGCAACCAAAGUGGAGUCCAGUGCACAUCUGAAGUGUCGUUACUUUCAUGUAUUCUUUCAUCUAAUGAGACAACUUGAAAGCAGCGAAACUCAUUGGACUGUCCAGAGAAUGAAUAAGUGCCUCUCAGCAACAUUGAAGCAUUUCCUAGAAAAUGUCAUGCAAACAUCAUGCUGCACUACAGAAAGUUACCGUGAUGUGCAAUUAAUAAGAAUUAUUGUUGUUAAAUCUUAAUGCCUGUUUGUUGAGUUGUCAGAAAAAGAAAAAGAAAACGGGCCAGGAAUGUAAGGUCCUGCAGCACUUUGCCCCAAACCAGCUACUUCCUAACAUGCUCCAUCAUGUGAGAGGGAAACAGGGAGAGAGCGCCGCGGUCAUACUAGACUGCUUCUUAAUUCUAUCUUGUGUCUGUGGAGCCAGUUUCACGGUAGAAUGGUGCCUGAACAAGACUUGAAGCAUUCAUUAAGCAUUUGUACUAAGUGCAAUUCGCCCCCGGGGGCUAAGUGAGUUGACAGGUAUGUUGUAAUCUAUUCUUCUCUUUUGUGUAAAAUGAAGAACCCCCGUUGGUUGUCAUCCUUAAAGACCUUGUUUGUGCCGAAAUUAAAUGUGCCAGCUGAUGUCUAAUGUAUUUCGAAAUGUGUUUAAAUGCUAAAAGCUAAAACAACACUGGCCUGAUGCACUUCAUCUUAUUUAGACACAAAAUGGCUUAAAGGGAGCGCCUGUUUGAUUUAAUCCUUCAUCUUGGCAGUGCCAGACUGAUUUGUUGAGACUCCAGUGUGUAAACUGUACUUGAAGCAGCAUCAUAAAACACUCCUGUUGGUGUUUCUACUGAGAUUCAAUGACUACGAGUGUAACUGUUGUUGAAAUGUUUGUAGACUUGCAGCUGUAUUUGCCGAAGACUGCUUAUUGCUGAGCAAUGUUUGGCAUCCGUGGUCCUUUUUGAACUUGUGAAUAUGAGAUAUUCACACUGGUCGAUGGAUACAGUCGGUAAACAUGUACAGCAAGAGGACUCCUGUUUUGUGUUACCUUUGUAAAUAAUGUUUGGUUUAAGAGACCAGAGUGGGACAGUGCUGUCGUAAAGCACCUUUUUUAAAACUACUGAAAAUGCAAAAGGGAUGGCGGUGAUGAUUACUUGAUAUGAAGAUGAGGGUGAUUGAAAUGGGAUGGAUGGGUCAAUGGUGUUUAAAGCUGUUGGGAUGAUUGAAAGAAUAAAUAAAAAAAAACUAACCACA